AUGGCAUGGUCGUUUGCCGGUCCUACACAGAAAAAUUUCCUGACCCAAGCAAUCAUCCGGUUACGGUCGCCCUGUUUGCUGUACUUUAUUCAUUUGUCUUUGUGAUCAGUUUCGCAGGGAAUUUAGGAGUUAUCUACGCUACCGUACGACAUCGGAGUCUACAGACCGUGCAAAAUAUUUUUAUAGUGAACCUGGCCGUUAGCGACGUUAUUCUUUGUGUUUUGUCCAUUCCGCUAACUCCUGUCACCCACAUCGCCAAACAAUGGUACUUUGGUUCUAUGUUAUGCCGUGUGGUGGGAGGUAUACAAGCGAUUGGCCUAUUCAUUGGCACGUUUUCCCUAUGCGCCAUCGCCAUCGACAGGUACUUCCGGCUCGUUAUCGCUCCAGGUAGCCCAUUGCGUAAAGUGAAUGCGAUUCGAAUAACAAUUCUCCUCUGGAUUAUCUCCAUCAUCGUUACUCUUCCUUAUGUAUACCAUAUGAAAAUGAAAAAGUAUCCCACGAUAAAUGUAUGUGGCGAAUUCUGCACGGAGAAGUGGCCAAAUGUUCAUUCGAAGCGCAUCUACACAUUAUUCGUGCUCGCCAUUCAGUUUGUCAUUCCUUUCACGAUAAUGACCAUCUGUUAUCAAGCGGUGUUCUCGUUCCUUCGACGUAGAGCGAAAUCUCGUCUGACUUCUAUCGCUCAACAAGCAAAUCUCCUUUAUGUAGUAGCAGCUACCGCCGGAGGAGAUACCCAACAGCACAAGGAGCAAGUAUGUGACAGUUGUGAGCAUAGAAAGGAAUUCCAGUUAACUCAUCUGAUCGAACAAAAACGACGAGUAAUGCAGCAAAGGCGUCGAGUGACAUUGAUUUUGGUGUCAAUGGUAGUGAUUUUCGGCAUAACAUCUCUGCCACACAACAUUGUCAGCACACUAAUGGAAUUCACCGACAGCCGUGAUCUGCUCGCCUACAACGGCAACGACUAUACCUACCUCUUGAAUCUCAUCACGCACUUUCUGGCAAUGCUCUCAUGUGUCGCUAAUCCGAUGCUCUACGCGUUCCUGAAUCCGGAAUUCCGAGAAUUGAUCCUGAAUGGAUUGGCCGGGUUCAAGUGGACACCACGUUUCGUCAGCCGGACAUGGCAACCCACUCAGACUACGGUAGUGUGA